UACACAUCCGCUUGCGUCUGACGUCCCUUCCGUUUCUCUAGGCAACAGAAAGACGCACCGAGGAGACAGAGAAAUUGUCGCAAAAUGGCUGAAGUCGAGGAAACACUGAAGAGGAUCGAAGCCCAUAAAGGUGUAAUUGGAACAAUAGUUGUCAAUGCAGAAGGUAUUCCUAUCAGAACAAACUUAGAUAACUCCACAGCAGUUCAGUAUGCGGGACUUCUUCGCCACCUGACCAUGUUGGCCAGGAGCACAGUAAGAGAUAUCGACCCUCAGAAUGACCUCAUCGUCCUCCGCAUCCGCACCAAGAAAUAUGAGAUCAUGGUCGCACCUGAGAAUGGCUUUCUGCUGAUAGUCAUCCAGAACCCAUGUGAAUAGCUGCCGGACAUUUCCAUGAGAGUCACCCUUUGGUUAGUCACAUGGUGGUGCUUUACCCAAACAAAAGAUCUUUUCCCCCACUGUGUUAUUUUGCUCCAUGUACUGUAUAAUCCCUCCUUUUCAGUGUAAAACUUAAGUAUUUUGAAUGUUUGUGAGGCAAAGCUGCUGAUCAUUGUAAAGUAGUUAAUAGGUCAACCCUGUUCAUUCUGUUAGUGUACAGAUGAGUGACAAAUUCAAUGAAAAACCUGAAUAAAGUAGAGGAGAAAUAGG